AUGGCAACCCCCAAAUCUUCAAAACGCUGCCUCCUAUGGGACUACACCAACACCCGCGACCGCCCAGACGCAAUCGAUCAACUCUUCACAACCACAUCACCAUCAGACCCUGCCAAUAAGCCCAUAGCAGCAGCAAGAGAAGCAAGAGCGCCGCUUACAGUCACCCCUUUCAAAUCCGUCCACAACUGGAACGCAUGGUACCCGCCCGAACUCAAGGGCCGGCUCCCCUUCCGGCCCAUGAUCCGCACGCGCGCGCAGCUGGACACGGAAGAGUGGGACUGGAUCCGCGACUCCGACGCCGAGAUGGUCCACUACCUCAACGAACCGGAGCGGCAGGGCAUCUCGCCGGCGGACGCCGCGGCCUGGUGGCUGGACAAAGUCGUGCCCGAGUUGCGGGAGAAGAGGGGCAAGAAGCUUGUUGGGCCGGCGUGUGCUAGCGAUCCCGGGGGCGAGGCGUGGCUUGCGGAGUUUAUGGCGAUUGUCUACGAGGACGAGAAAAAGAAGAAGAAGAAAAUGGGGCCAGAUUUCCUUGGGGUGCACUAUUACAGCGGCGAUGUUGAGCAUGCAAAGAGGUACUUGACGUCCAUGUACGAGCGGUACGGGCUGCCGCUCAACGUGUCGGAGAUUGCGUCUAUCAGUCGGGACCCGGGCGAGGUGGAGGCGUUUACGGAGGAACUGAGCGGGUGGAUGGACGAGAAGGAGUGGAUCGACGAGUAUGGGUGGUUUGGGUGUAUGGCACACUACGCUGAUGACUUUGUGAGUCCUGCGGCGCAGCUUAUGGAUGGGGAGGGGAGGUUUACGCCGCUCAUGAGGCGGUUGAUGGGGGUGUGA